UGUCCGUACCGACGGUUUGUCCGUGGCCGUCGUCGUCGAGCUUGUUCGCUCGCUCACUCGCUAGCCAUGAAUCUGAUGUGCGUUUCUGCACAUGGCCGUUCUUCAGAACGUCUCGUCAUCACGCUGCUCUCCAACAAUUUCGAGAUUUACACCGAUAAAUUGUACCGUUUAGUCCACCCACCAUGACUACAUCCUCGGAAGAUGUGCUGAUGCAAGUGAAUGAGGUCCGUCACAAAAAAGGCGAUGGUAUUCUUUACGUAAUGAAUGAACGUAUCGCAUGGAUGGUCCACAAAAAAGACACUGUGUCUGUGAGUCAUAAAUACGCUGAUAUUAAGAUGCAGAAAAUAUCACCGGACGGGAAAUCAAAAAUACAACUGCAAGUUGUUUUACAUGAUGGCUCAUCAUCUACAUUUCAUUUUGUCAAUAAAAAUGGGCCAGCUGCACAAAUAAAAGACCGUGAUGAUGUCAAAGAACUGUUGCAACAGUUAUUACCAAAAUUUAAAAAGAAAGUCAAUAAAGAGCUGGAAGAAAAAAAUAGAUUAUUACAAGAGAAUCCUACAUUACUGCAAUUAUACCGUGAUUUGGUAAUAACACAAGUAAUAACGUCUGAAGAAUUUUGGAGCCAACAUGCAGUCGAAUAUACUCAGGCAAAUAAAAGCCAACGCCAGGAUAUUGGAGUUAAUAGUGCCUUCCUUGCAGACAUAAAACCUCAAACUGACGGAUGCAAUGGUUUGAAAUACAACCUGACAAAAGACAUAAUAGAGAGUAUAUUCAAAACUUAUCCAGCGGUGAAACGAAAGCACCAGGAGAACGUGCCUCACAAAAUGUCAGAGUCAGAUUUUUGGACAAAGUUUUUCCAAUCUCACUAUUUUCAUCGCGACCGGAUAAACGCAGGUAACAAGGAUCUGUUUACUGAGUGCGCUAAAAUAGACGACCAGGAGCUGAAAAAAGACAUACAGACUGGCAUAAACGACCCGCUGCUGGACAUAACGUCUUUCGAAGACAAAACGACUGACGAGAACUACGAUAGCGGUUUUAGCAAAGGCGACAAGUCCUCCGGGAACAUUGUUCACCAGAGCAUGAUCAAGAGAUUCAAUCAGCACAGUAUAAUGGUAAUGAAAGCCAACACUGCCAGACAGCCUGCUCAAGCCCCGCCUCAAGUUAAUGGCUCAGCGGUGGCUGUAAAAACUUCCGCUCCUCAGUCAGACGAAGAACCAAAAACCAAAAAACGUAGAAUACAAGAAAAAAUUGCGUACGACGAUUUAGACGAGUCUACAACAGAAGCCGCCCUAGGAACGCCGUUAAAUUUAACCCACGUAGAUAGGUAUUUGCACGGACCGAUUGCUGGUAGCGGUAGUAAUCAAACGACAGAUGAUCUUCAAACUACGUUAAGUCUAUUGAAACGUGAGGCUGCCAACUGGGUCAAUGGGAACACAUUAUCUAGACAGCCUGCUACGUCAUUAAUCAGUCCAGCCGCUUCGGUGUAUGCCCUCGGGGAAUUAACGCCCGGUGGGGCUUUGAUGAAAGGUUUUCGCGAAGAUAAUGUCGGCCAGUUGAUACCACCGGAGUUGGAGAAAGAAUUACGCAAUGUCUAUGUCUCGCUUUGCGAGCUAUUGAAACAUUUUUGGCGCAGUUUCCCUCCUACUACCCCACAAUUGGAGGAAAAAGUCGUAAGGAUGCACGAGACGUUACGAAAGUUCCAUAAUUCAAAGCUUACACCUUUUGAGGAUCGUAUACAAGUAGAGUUUUCAGCAGUAAGUCAACAUCUAACAAGUCAUUUAAAGUUAUUAUUAUCAACUGCGUACAAUAAAUUUGAUCAUUGGCAUCGAAGGAAAAUACAGAUGAGGUAGCCACGCUGAGCGAUCAAUCAUUAGGAAAAUAAUAAAAAUAAUAAUUAAUCAUAACAAAGUAAAAAAAUGUGAGGUAAUUUUAUU